ACUGGUUUAGUGCUCCAGGAUCACAGAUAGUAUUCGAUAUACACGAAAUGAUGGUAACAUGGUGAAUGUAAGUAAGCACCCCCGAUAUGAUGUCUGUUAUAUCAUAUAUAUAUAUAUCGCCAUGGUACCUCCUGCGUGAAAUACGUCAUCGGGGACGCACAGACGUCACUCUCGGCGCUGGCCCUGACCUGACGCCCGGCGCUGACGUCAGAUGAGUGACGCUUAAAUGCGGGAUGCACGCGAGAGCCCGGAGUCAGCGCGCGCACUCACGAGGAGACGCUCUUGAUGCUCUGGUGUAAGUUUCGAGAGCAGGAAGUUGAUGUUAUCCUGCGAUCUGAUUGGAUGGGGCUCACACUGUGCUGCUUGCUGAAGGACGGCGGUCCUAAACAACACCAUAAAUCCCGAUCAGCAUUCUGUCCGUUUUCUGUAGCCCCGCCCAUCCGCCUGGCGGUGCUUUUAGACACGCCCCCCGUCGCCCCUGGAAACCCGCGGUCGCAGUGGAGCCCCACCUACCUGUCGCCUAAUCUGAAGGUGUGCCCGUCGGGUGGGCGUGUCUCUCGCGCCCGUGUGGAGCAGAGCAGUGAUGCGGUCCGUGGCGCGGUCGGCACGGCGAUGGGGCUCCAUAUAUGGGAGGUGCUGUGGGAGGGGCAACAGAGAGGAAGCCACGCCCUACUGGGUGUGUCCACACACAAAUGCACCCUUCAGGCCUCGGGCUACACGGCGUUAAUAGGCGGAGACUCGUGUUCCUGGGGCUGGGAUCUCUCGACCAAUCAGCUUUGGCAUGAUGGGAGAGCGGGGAGGCGGUACCCUGGGGGCGGAGCCAGGGGUGUCUUAAGUGUUCCAGAUCGUGUGUUAGUGGUGGUGGACGCAGACGCGGGGACGCUGGGAUACGCGGUGGACGACUGCUAUCUGGGCGUGGCCUUCCAGGACCUCCCCAAAGGGGCGGAGCUUUUCCCUGCGGUCAGCUGCGUUUGGGGAGGAGCUCAAAUCUGCAUACGCUACCUGUGUGGCACGACACGUGAGUGUGACAUCAUCACAUGUCCGACACCAUGA